GCCAGUUGACCGACAUGGCGACAGAAGAAGACGAGAUCAGUGUUCUACACCAAGAAUUAAAAUGGUUACUUAGAGAAGAAGUCCAUCAUGUAUUUGAAGAUAUUAGGCAUACAUUACAGGAAUGUAGUGAAAGAUUUCCUAUACAGACAGGUGCAGUUCAUGAUAGUGAAAUAAAACAGCAACGAAUGAUUUUAUCCAGUCCGAAUGGUUCCUCACAGAUGAAAUGUAUGGUGACGUUACGUGGUGAUAGUAUAUGUGAAGCUGAUGUAAAUUUUAAACAUAAACAUGUCAAAGAUCAGCAUCAUAUAUUUAAAACAAGUUUUAAUCCUGACAGACAGUGGAAAUUACAACAAAUACAAGAUGCAGGUAACCAUUUAUGUAAUGCUUUAUUUAUACUGAGUAAAAGAGAUGCCACAUACGAAUUUAAAUCGGCCCAAGAAGUUUUAUUAUUGUUAGAUGAAUUAAUGGCUUGUUUAAUGAAAUGUAGAACAAGUUUAGCCAUGCCUAAAAGAAAAACUUUACAAGAUCUAAUUACUAAUAAAAAUAUGCAAAUAUUUUAUCCGGUUCUGCCCAAUGAUGUAGCCUUGUCUUUUUAUGUCCAUGCCUCCAAGUUAAUAUUAGCUAUGUAUCAUCUACAUACUAAUAAUCAACAGAAGGUGGAAAUAACAGCUAGAUUUCAGGUUGAAUCUGUAGUCCAGUGGUUAAACGAAGCAAUAGUAUUCUUUACCUUGGCCUUACAACAGUGUCAACAGUUGAAAGAUAAGAUUAUUGCCUUGUGUCAGUAUGAUGGUAUGUGCUAGAGUUCUCCCCCUUUAUUGUGAUAACCAUUCCAGUGAAAUAGACAGCUCAACAAUUGAGAGAAGAUUUUUGUCACAUUGUAAAAUAUGUAAAAUAUUUUAAUUAGGAGUUACAAUCAAAAACGGUUUUAGGUGGUAAUUUAUUUAGUACCUCCUGCAACAAGGUCUUGACACAUUUUAUAGCUUUUCAAGAUUUAUUACCAAGUCUGCUUGAAGGUUUCAACACUGCUUUCUUAGUGAGCCAAGGAAGACUUACACCAGUUGGCUGCUGCAAAGAAUUAAUUGCAAGUAUUGAAUGAAUGAGGAUAGUGUUUGUUUUAGAUGUUUGUUUUGUAAUUCUCUUGUUCUUAAAGUUUGCUUUUUGUCAAGAACUUAGAUUCGUAUUCAAUUGUUCCCCACCAGGACCGUCUUUCAAAGAAAGCAAGAGACUGUUAAAAUGGAUUUGCCUGUCUGCUCAUCUGUUCGUGGGACACAAUAACUCUGCAUUUAAUUUAAUUAGAGUGUUCCAACUUGGUGUACAUGUUUUGAUUAGGUGCUUUGAUGACUAUUUUCUUCCCAGGCUAUGCAGACAAGCAAUUUGAUUUGUCAUUACUUUGGAACAUGAUAACUCCGAUUCUAAUUGAGUGAAAGUGAUGAAACUUUGUGUAUAAUUUCAUUACAUCAAUACCUUGAUAAUGAGCAUUUUUCCCAGGUUAAGCAGAGUGAUCGGUGAUGACCUAUUUCAUUGGUCGAUGUUUUGUAACUCUGAUUCUAAUUGAGUGAAAGUGAUUGAACUUUUUGUAUAGUUUCAUUACAUUAAUAGCUUGACUAUGUUCGAUAAUAAGUAUAUUCUGCUUAGGGUAAGGAUAAUGAUGCUUGAUAAUUUGAUUGCUUGAUGAGUAAGUAAUUAUGACUGUCAUCUAUUUAUUUUGGAAUUGGGGUCGUGACAUCAGCAUUCAGCCUCGCUGUUGGCUUGUUAUUUAUGUUCUAGUAACAAAUCAAAAGUAGAGAAUUGUAUAAUUUAGGCCAUGAAAAAAAAAAUAUUCUGGUUCUGCAUCACUUAAAUAUAAAAACAAUCCCAUUAAUUGUUGCACGUUCAUUUUACCCCUGGUAAUAGGAACUAACUCAAUGUGAUAGAUGUAGAACCCUGAAAUGUGAUGUUUGUGAUACGUCAAUUUAACAAAAUAAAAACACAAAAAUAAAAACGUCCCUCUCACAUCAGAUUUUUGCAAAUGAUUAUCUGAGAACCAGAAUUUUUUUUUUGCAUGGCCUUAUUAUUCAGUUAUUAUAUACUAACUUAUGUCUUGUAAAAUGUAAUGAUGUUAAAUCUAUGAAAUGAUUGUCUCAGGAAAGAUUCAUAUUUAUUUAAAUAUUGAUUCAGUGUAAAGUAAUGAAUUCCAGUUUAAUCAUUUGUAAAAUGAGUUAUAAAUUCUAACUUGAGAGAUUUAGAUUUAUUGACAGAUUAAUUGCUCAGUAAUCUACAUCAAACCAAUCUAGAAUGCAAUAUCCUCCAUCCUAAAAGUUAUUCUAAUGCAAAAUUAUGGAUUCUGGUGGUUUCAUACAAUCUAAUGUGAUUAUUUAAACUUAGGUUAAUGGUAUAUUAAAACUAUGUACAUCUAACUAAAGCUUAGAUAUGGGAAUUUUAAAGAGGGAGAUGAAAAAGAAGAAUAUUUGAUGAAACUGAAUGGACAUCUAUUCAAAGCUUCUGUGAUUAGCAAAUGGAUAUUUGAUGAUGAAUAAUUAAACUUGGCAAUAGUUUGUGCUUUAUAGUAUUUCUUUUAUUGUUUCCUUUAAUUGUGAUUGAUUAAAUUAUCAAUUAGUGAGGCUUUUAUAAUUAAAACUUAAAAUAAUAAUAUGGAACCGCCUGCUUUUUUUUUUUUUUUAGAAAUUUAGAACUAAUUUAAAGUUUAAGCAAAACAUAACGAUGUUAAUUUGUUAUGUUAACAUAAACAUAUAAUGUUUUUAAUCUCUUUACAUCUACAUUAUUGUCCCCCCCCCCCCAAAGUAUUUGUUUAUAUACACAAAAUUAUUUAUUAUUAUGAAAUGGAAUUAAUAUUCAAAGAUGCAUUAUAUAAGAUUGAGAUAAAGAGCUGGUUAUUCUUGUUUUAGUAUUUUAAAAAUAGAUAAUGAAAAAUGAAUAUGUUGAAAAUUUCAGUCAAAUUACUUUAUUCUGAGCAAAGUUAGGAGUGUUUGAAGUUUUGAGUUAAUAAUCUCAGUUGUCAAGUACCAUUUCUACGAUAAUAAACAAAGUCUCAAUUAUCCAUUUUAACGUAGCAUUAUUAAAUGGCUUGGCUUAUCUAAUGCAUUUAAUAUCUAGACCAUCCGGUUGUCAGAAAGUUGAUUAUAGGAUGGUCAUGUGAAUAAAUGUCUAAUAAUAAUUUAUAUAACAUUUGAAGCCAGAAAAAAGACCUGCAAUAGGCAUAUUUAGCUCUUACUUAAUGCAUCUUUAAAAUAAAUUGUAAAAUUAUUAUUAAUAUUAUAUUCAUUUAUAUUUCUACACGAAAAUAUAUGAUGGGCAAUUUAUGCCCACAUAUUAUUCUUAAUAACUUAUAAAUAAUUAUUUCUAUCAUAAAAUAUUUCUUUGUAUUAAGAGUUUAAUAUUAAAGUUUGCUUAUCUGCAGUCUUUUAUUAAUUGUGGCCUUAUGGUCAAAAGGGUAGCGGUCAACAUGGCUGGGUAGCUUGGACUAACUUUAGUCUUUAAUUGACGAUUUUCUUCUAACAUUUUGACUCUUUUAUUAACUUGACGAUAUUUAACUUUAUUGUUAUUUAGAACCAAAAUACAUCAUUACAUGUUCUAAUUUUCCUUUCUACUUAAAAUUGUUCAACUUCCAAUGGCUAUAAUAAGUUGAAUAAUUAUCACACAAUUCCUUUUUAUCUUCCCUGUAUUUAAUAUAUUAAAUGAGUCAAUGAGUUAACCUUUUUAUUGCUGUGUGAUUAAUUUCGCUGCACAACAUCACCACAACUGAUCACCUGACUGUAUUUACAGUCACUGAAUUUUACCUAAGGAUGGUAACUCUAAAUUGUUUAAGCGGCAUUUAGUAACUGAAUGAGAAUAACACGUGACCCAAUUCUAUGGAAUACAAGUUACUUAAAAGAUUCAUUUCUGGCGACAUUUCGACAAGGGUUCUCUUGUCUUUGCUUGAUAAAAAUGACAGAUCCCUCGUUGAAACGUCGCCAUUUAUAAAUCUUCUAAGUAACUUGUAUUCCAAAGAAUUCUGUCAUGUGCUGGUAACUCUAGUCUUGUGACAUAUUUGCCUGUUAUUUGACAAUAUGUUUGAACAAAAAAAAUAUGGAAGAAAUGUGAAUGUAACUUGUGUUAAGUCAAAUGGGGACAUUUUAACAGAUUUAACAUAAUUUGUUAACAACAAAUAUACAUACCGGUAGAAUUGUAACACAAUAAUAAAGAAAGACAAUUGGACAGUUGUCAUAAACUUUUGAUAAAUAUGUUGCAAGAGCCAAGAACUUAGCUGUUGUAGUUAGUCAGCGUUAACAUUGACAUUAUGUAACAAUAUGAGGUCACUGAGAAUAAAGUUAAUAUAUUAUGAAUUACAACAUGGUAACUUUUACAUGUAUUAAGAAGAGUAGGUCCACAAUGACGUGCAUGAAGUCAAGAAAUAUUGUAAAUAGUAAAAUACCUGUAUAUAUUUUUAAGAAAGGAAAUUUUCAUUUGACAGAUUCAGAUUUACAUUAGAGGUUAAUAUUUUAAUAACUCUGAUGUUUAUAGAACGCUGACAUCAUGGAGAAAUAGACGAACUAACCUAGGUGCUUUGUACAAUAUUGAAUGGUUAAAGGAGAACUUUGUAAUUAAAGAUUUUGUUAAAGAUGCUGAGUAUCUGUACAAUGCCUGUAUAGAUUUACAUGGGGUGUAAGCAAGUUAUGAUUGUUGCUGUAACGGUCACAUCAUUUUAGUUUUGUUUAUAUAUGAAGAGCUUUUUGCCAAAAUGUGAUAAUCAUCUUGCUAGAUUAUUGGUAAACAGGGGAUUUUUCUUUGAAAAUACCAGAAUGAUAAAAGAGCAAAUGUAGAAUACUAAAGGUAGAAUGAUAAAAUAAAAUGCUAAAAUACUAAAAGCAGCAUGCUAAAAUAGUAAAAGCAGAAUAUGAUCAAAUACUAAAGGAAGAAUGAUAAUAAUAAUUAAUUUAUAUAGCGCUCUCGGGUACUUUACAUAAGUACAACUAAUAUAAAAUCACAACACAUUAAUCCAUAAAAAAAGACAUAAACAAAAAACAUUAUUUAGUACACAUGGUAAAAGUCUGACACAAACACAGCUAGAACAUUAUUCAAUCAGUUGUAUAUUUAAAAAGUUCAGUUUCAAGAUACUUUUUAAAACCUUUAAUAGAAUUUGCACUUUUGGUUUCGUUUGAUAUUGAAUUCCAUAACUUUGGAGGACCGAGUUGGUUUUUGAAAAAGGCUGAAAAUACUAAAGGCUGAUUGUUAAAAUAUCAAAGAUAGAAUAAUAAAAUACCAAAUGCAGAAUUAUAAAAGAACAAUUGUAGAAUGAUAAAAUACUAAAGUUGAAAUGAUAAAAUACCAAAGAUAGAAUGAUAAAAGUAUACAUUAUAUCUGUUAUUUUAAAAUAUUGAUGCAGUAGGUGUAUGGAAUAUGAUGAUGGACGGAUAUAAUCAUGUUUCAACAUAUUUCGGAAAGAGCUCUUCAUUUAAUGACAUUAAUUUUUAUUGUUUGUUUAUACAUUUAUUAAUAUUUAAUACAUGUAGCUGUGUUAUUUUUAUAACUAUGUAAAUUAUUAUGUAAUUAUAUUUUAUCUUAGUUAAAGGACCAAUGUUAUAAAAUAUAGUCUCAUCUUUAUCAUGAUAUGUAUAUUAUAAAUCUUUAUAAAUGAAUUUGAUUCAUAAGUUUACUAUUAAAGAAUAAAUACAAUUGGUGAAAAAUAACAAUGUU